AUGUCUAUACUCUAUAGAGAUACGACACUAACAAAAAUAUUUGUGGGAGGCCUACCCUACCACACCACAGACGAGUCACUCCAAAAGUUCUUCGACCAGUUUGGAGCUAUCGAGGAGGCAGUCGUCAUCACGGACAGACAUUCUGGCAAGAGCAAAGGAUAUGGAUUCGUGACGAUGGCUGACAGGGUGGGUGCCGAAAGGGCCUGCAAGGACCCCAACCCGAUCAUUGACGGCAGGAAGGCCAACGUCAACCUGGCCUACCUGGGUGCCAAACCGAGGCUGCAAGCUGGCGAGUUGCUCUGUAAGUCGCUUCAUUCGCUUCAUGUUUCAUUUGUUCGCUUGUGUUUCGUUUGUUAUCGGAUGCAAAGUCCUCCAUUUCAUCACGGUGGCAACGUUGUUGUUAAUUCUAAUACAAAUUCGUUUAAAUAUUUGAUUCAUAAUAUUAUUAUUGCAACAAUAAUUUCUUUAUUUUAA